AAAAUUGUCAGUGUAUACACAUUAGUAUACAACUUUGAUAUUUAAAGUUUCUAUGAAAUUAAAAUGGUCACUCUACUUGACUGUGGUAGAAGUCUGAUAAUACCAUUUCAGAUUCAUACACAUUGAGAGAAAGCUUCAAUCUCAAUCAUGAAUUCUAUGAGGCUAAUUCAUAUACUUUGGUGUUUCAAUCUUUAUGUGGCAUGUACAUUUAUUCAAGUCUCAAGUGAGAAGAAUGGCAAUAGUAACUCUAGCAAAUGUGUGUACCCUGCAAUUUAUAACUUUGGUGAUUCAAAUUCGGAUACCGGAACUGUAUAUGCAACAUUUACAGGUGUUCAAUCUCCUAACGGAAUAAGCUUCUUUGGAAACAUAUCAGGAAGAGCUUCUGAUGGCCGUCUCAUAAUUGAUUUUAUAACUGAAGAACUGAAGCUACCAUAUCUAAGUGCAUAUUUGAACUCAGUUGGAUCAAAUUACAGGUAUGGCGCCAACUUUGCAGUAGGCGGCGCAUCUAUUCGUCCCGGUGGUUAUAGUCCAUUCCAUCUUGGACUUCAAGUAUCUCAGUUCAUACUUUUCAAGUCACAUACCAAGAUUCUGUUUAAUCAACUCUCUAAUAACAGGACGGAACCGCCUCUCAAAAGUGGUCUUCCAGGGCCUGAGGACUUCUCUAAGGCCCUUUACACAAUUGAUAUUGGACAAAAUGAUCUUGCCUAUGGUUUUCGACACACUUCAGAAGAACAAGUUCAAAGGUCAAUUCCUGAAAUAUUGAGCCAAUUGUCCCAAGCAGUGAAGCAACUAUACAACGAAGGUGCAAGAGUGUUCUGGAUACACAAUACAGGUCCAAUUGGAUGCUUGCCCUUCAAUUACUUCUCUUAUGAGCACAAGAAGGGUAACCUAGACGCCAAUGGCUGUGUGAAACCUCAGAACAAAAUAGCUCAAGAAUUUAACAAGAAGCUAAAGGACCAAGUGUCUUAUCUAAGGAGAAAACUCCUACAGGCCAAAUUUACAUAUGUUGAUAUGUACAAAGCCAAAUAUGAACUAAUCAGCAAUGCAAGGAGCCGAGGUUUUGUGAGUCUAUUGGACUUCUGCUGCGGCAGUUACACUGGUUAUCGCAUAAACUGUGGGACGAAAGAAAUAAUAAAUGGAACUGUAAAUAGAAAUCCAUGUACAAAUCCUUCUCAACAUAUUAUUUGGGAUGGCAUACACUACUCCCAAAGGGCAAACCAAUUGAUUGCUGAAAAAAUCAUCCAUGGAUCCUUCUCUGAUCCACCAGUUCCAAUUGGGAAUGCAUGUUUCUAAGUUGUAUAAUCCAGUGGGCAUACAUGCUAUUAGAUUGUCACUUAAUAUGAUGUAUUUCCAUAAGUUAUGGUGGUUAAUUUUCAAGUUUUUGUUUCAAUAAACCAGAAAAUUGUGAAAGAAUCAUGGAACUAUGCACAUUAGUAACAACAAACUCUACAACAACAACAUUUUUGAUUGAGUGCAAAUCGAGUAUC